AUGACGAUGCUCCUGGACGGAGGCCCGCAGUUCCCCGGGCUGGGAGUGGGCAGCUUCGGCGCGCCGCGCCACCACGAGAUGCCCAACCGCGAGCCGGCCGGCAUGGGGCUGAACCCCUUCGGGGACUCGCCCCACGCCGCCGCCGCCGCCGCCGCCGCCGCCGCCUUCAAGCUGAGCCCAGCUGCGGCUCACGAUCUGUCCUCGGGCCAGAGCUCGGCGUUCACGCCGCAGGGCUCGGGCUACGCCAACGCCCUGGGCCACCACCACCACCACCACCAUCACCACCACCACCACGCUGGCCAGGUGCCCAGCUACGGCGGCGCGGCCUCUGCCGCCUUCAACUCCACGCGCGACUUUCUGUUCCGCCAGCGCGGCUCUGGGCUUGGCGAGACGGCCUCGGGCGCUGGGCAGCACGGGCUCUUCGCCGGCUCGGCGGGCAGCCUGCACGCGCCCGCGGGUAUCCCGGAGCCCCCCGGCUACCUGCUUUUUUCCGGGCUGCAUGAGCAGAGCGCUGGGCACCCGUCGCCCACCGGGCACGUCGACAACAACCAGGUCCACCUGGGGCUGCGAGGGGAGCUGUUCGGUCGUGCAGACCCGUACCGCCCGGUGGCCAGCCCGCGCACGGACCCCUACGCGGCCGGCGCGCAGUUCCCCAACUACAGCCCCAUGAACAUGAACAUGGGCGUGAACGUAGCGGCCCAUCACGGGCCCGGCGCCUUCUUCCGUUACAUGCGGCAGCCCAUCAAGCAGGAGCUGUCGUGCAAGUGGAUCGACGAUGCUCAGUUGAGCCGGCCCAAGAAGAUCUGCGACCGGACCUUCAGCACCAUGCACGAGCUGGUGGCGCAUGUCACCAUGGAGCAUGUGGGGGGCCCGGAGCAGAACAACCACGUCUGCUACUGGGAGGAGUGCCCCCGCGAGGGCAAGUCCUUCAAGGCGAAGUACAAACUGGUCAACCACAUCCGAGUGCACACGGGCGAGAAACCCUUCCCGUGCCCCUUCCCGGGCUGCGGGAAGAUCUUCGCCCGCUCUGAGAACCUCAAGAUCCACAAGAGAACCCACACAGGUGAGAAACCUUUCAAAUGUGAAUUUGAAGGCUGUGACAGACGCUUUGCCAACAGCAGCGACCGCAAGAAGCACAUGCAUGUGCACACCUCGGACAAGCCCUAUAUCUGCAAAGUGUGCGACAAGUCCUACACGCACCCGAGCUCCCUGCGCAAACACAUGAAGGUUCAUGAAUCUCAAGGGUCAGAUUCUUCCCCUGCUGCCAGUUCAGGCUAUGAAUCUUCCACUCCACCCGCUAUAGCUUCUGCAAACAGUAAAGAUACCACUAAAACCCCUUCUGCAAUUCAAACUAGCACCAGCCACAACCCUGGACUUCCUCCCAAUUUUAACGAAUGGUACGUCUGAGGACACACACAAACCCUGUUAUCCAUAAAAUGGACCAAAUGCAUUUUAAAAAGAAAACUGAGACCAAUCAGAUGGAAAUGGAGUUUUAAGGC